UUGCUUCUGCUGAAAGUGAGGAUCAUGGAGCCGCGGCUGCGAGUAUUGGAGUUGUACAGCGGGGUCGGAGGGAUGCACUAUGCGUUGAAGGCAAGUGAAAUACCUGCAGAAGUUGUGGCCGCAGUUGAUGUGAAUACGGUAGCCAAUGAAGUUUAUGCACACAAUUUUUCUACCACACCACUGUGGCCAAAAACAAUUGAGGGAAUCACACUGAAAGAACUCAACAGUUUAUCUUUUGAUAUGAUUUUGAUGAGUCCCCCUUGUCAGCCCUUUACAAGAAUUGGUCGACAAGGUGAUAUUUCUGACCCUAGGAGCAAAAGUUUUCUCCAUAUUUUAGAUAUUCUUCCAAAGCUUACAAGGCUGCCAAAGUAUUUACUUUUAGAAAAUGUCAAAGGUUUUGAAACAUCUUCUGCCAGGGAUGAACUUAUACGAACACUAAAAAAAUGUGGAUUUACAUAUCAAGAAUUUCUGUUGUCUCCAACUUGUAUUGGGAUUCCAAACUCAAGAUUGAGGUACUUCCUGAUUGCAAGACUCAAUUCAGAACCCUUUUCUUUUCUAGCACCUGGGAAGAUUUUGACUGAUUUCCCAAUCCAGGAAACAGGGAGUUCAAAGACAUGUAAGGUUGCUGCAACUGUGACAGAAGGUGGUUCUCAAGGACUUCUGAAAGACCCCAGUUCUUGUCAUGAUGCUAAUGACAAGCAGUGCCAGGAGAAGGGGCAGCUUCUGUAUAAACUUGAAACAGAGUCAGAAUUGGAAAGAAAACAGCAGUGGGACAACAAUUUGUCUUUACAGAUGCUCAAAAGUUUUCUCCAAGAUGACAGAGAAGAGCUGAGUCAGUACUUCUUACCAUUGAAGUCCUUGCUACGUUAUGCUCUCCUUUUAGAUAUUGUCAGACCCACUUGCAGAAGAUCUACAUGUUUCACAAAAGGGUAUGGACACUAUGUAGAAGGAACUGGUUCCGUCUUACAGAUGGCAGAAGAUAUUCAGCUUGAAUCUGUAUUUAAAUCCUUUGAUGAUUUGUCUGAAGAUGAAAAGCUUAAGAAUCUAUCAAUGCUUCAAUUGCGGUAUUUUACUCCGAGAGAAAUAGCAAAUCUGCAUGGAUUUCCCCCUGAAUUUGAUUUUCCUGAAAACAUUGCCAUAAAACAAUGUUACCGUCUACUUGGAAACAGCCUCAGCGUAUUUGUGGUUGCUAAAUUAAUCUCAUUUCUCGUUGACCCUAUCAAUAAGUGAUGAAUUGUUCAAGUGAACUUUCUGGAGACAUUACACUACACGGAUACAUCCAUACUAAUAUGGAUUUCUUUCUUGGAAGAGGAUUGAAUCUGAUUACUAUGGUAUAUUUGUGUGGAUGCUCAUAAUUGUUUAUAAAUAAAUAAUUGACAAAUGUGCACCUGUUUUACCUUUUAUGAAAAUUGAGGGUCUUACUGAAAGUCUUGUGUUAGUACCGUAUUUUCACGCAUAUAACCCGCGGGUAAUGUGCGUUUUUACCUACACAGCAUGCCCCCGCGGGGUAUAAAAGUGGGCGGGGUAUACGGAAAAUAUUUUACACAGAUUAACUAAAGGGAGAGCUUGGGACCACCACUUUCCUCGCGGCAGUGGGCUGGGAUGCAGAUCAGCGGGCGCCCUUUGCGCUGGCCUAAUGUUUUCCACCCUGACAGAAUACUAUUAUUUCUGAAAGGCAGCCUGUGAGUUUAGCGGAUGAACGGCAGAGGCGACGCUCCCGGGAUGCCGAGGGAGUUCGAGGAAUUGGGAGGCAGCUUUACCUCGGCUCCCCGUUCUCCAUCGGGGGCACGUGCAACCAGACUGGAAAGGGCUGGGGAGACUUGGCUCGGCGGCUCGGGCUCCUUUUCUCCCUUUUCCUGCUUGGGUUUUGGGACGCCUUCGUGAAAACCCCGCCCCUGGCUAUGGGCGAAGCGACCAGGAAGAAGCAGGAGGCGAGAGGAAGCACAGGCGGUGCUCGGCAGUCUGGAUUCUGCUUCGCCGCCAGUUCAGCAGCUCCUCGCCUUCUCCGGCUUGGAAGUCCGGCAGGAAGGGAAGGGGAGGUGGCGGCUGGCCUGAAAAUGGAGCCACAGCCACGCCACCACCGCCGCCGCCUUCCUGCCGGACUUCCAAGUUUUUCCACAAAAACUUAUUUGCAUAAAUCUUGACUGCUGAGAUGGUGGAAGGGACGGGAGGCAGGAACAGGCAGGAACGGAGGAGAAGGGAAAGUGCUGAG